AUGGCUCUACCUGAUUUUGACAAUCUGCCGCCCGUCGCUGACAAGCCGCAGGGUUGUGCCUGGGGUGUCUUUGACAAAGACGGCCAGAAAGACCAGUAUGGGACGUUGAAUCUGCUCACGCCAGAGGUGGUCCAGGCUGCCUCGGCGGAGAUCAAACGGGGCGUAUCUGUCUGGCCCAUCGGGAGUAUGAAAAUGCAGGGGUUUUUCCGGAAAGCACUCGACCAUCAAGUUUUGACGCAUAAGACAGAGACGGGAGAAAUCUUUGCUUAUGACGAUGAGGUGGCAUUUAAUACCCAGGCUAGCAGCCAAUGGGACAGUCUGUGCCACGUCCGACUACUUCCCUCUGGGGAAGUGUACAACGGUACUAAACCAUCAAUCGAGGGACUAGAACGUGGUGAUGCCGAGCUCCCAACACUGAACCACUGGCAUGAACGAGGCUGCAUAGCCGGCCGAGGCGUCCUCAUCGACUUCAAAAGCUACGCCGAAGCCAAAGGAAUCGAAUUUUCACCUUUCUCGUCAUUCCAGCUCACCAUAGCGGACAUCGAAGCCGUGGCCGCCUACCAAGGCACAACCUUUCAAACCGGCGAUAUUCUGGUCGUCCGAUUCGGCUUCACGGAGGAGUUGAGCGGCAAGACAGGCGACGAACAAGGAGCUACUCUCUCGGGAGGGCAUUUCUGCGGACUCGAAAGCAGCGAGGAGAUGGCUAAAUGGCUUUGGAAUCAACACUUUGCCGCUAUUGCGAGUGAUAACAUCGCGGUGGAGGUGCUUCCGCCUAUCAUCAACGGGGAAGAGAGGCCUGUGUGUGAGCUCGUGCUCCAUAAAUGGUGCUUGGGUAUGUUUGGUAUGCCGCUUGGCGAGCUCUGGGAUUUGAAGGCCCUAGCGGAGGAGUGUCGCAAAGCACAGCGAUAUUCGUUCUUCAUCACGUCGUCUCCCUCGAACCAUCCCGGUGCUGUUGGAAGCCCGCCGAAUGCGAUCGCGAUUUUGUAG